AUGCAUGCGUGUGUGGGUGCGUUCUUGCUUAUGUGGAUUGUAUUCUACGAGUCAAUUCGGCCAAAAGCCUGCAGUCAAUUGACUGGGAAGUAUAUGAGAGGCGAGCCCAUCAAGCUACACGUGGGUAUCAAAAAUAGUAAACAGAGUGAAAAAAAAGGGUCUCAUUUCCCUGACCCUGAAAGAGCUCCCAAUUUCGCAGCGUUGGGUAGGACGAGUACGGUGUUCCUGCUAAAAUCUCAGGGCCAAUGGAAGCUGCCUGGAUUUCAAGGAACUAUAGUGAAAAUCUGUACCUACAAUGAACGUACACUUGCAUCCGAGUUCUCGAUAGAAGACUUGCUCAUGCAAGCAAGAAGGAAAAAGUACCUCGUCAUCGGCCUGAGCGAGACGAGAAGACGCCGGCCUAUUCACACCGUCUAUGACACCGGAGAAGGACUGUUCCUAGGAACAUGCGACAGCACAGAAGUCGGUGGCGUCGGCGUUCUCAUUAACAUGAGUUUGCCCAUGAACAUCGAUUCAUUCGAACAACUUACAACCCGAAUCGGACGUUUACGAUUAAGAAGACGUGGAUCAAUUCCGGCUUUAACAAUCUUCGUCGUUUACGCCCCGACAUCAAACUACGACGAAAAAGAAUUCGAAGCGUUCUAUAUGGACUUGGAGAAGUUCUACAGGGAAGACCACACAUUCUUCAAGGUCAUCAUUGGAGAUUUCAACGCCAAGAUUGGACCAAGAAAAACGUCUGAGGAACGCCACAUUGCUUGGGCCCAUGGAUUAGAAUGGAACGAACACGGACAUAUUGCCAUCAUAAAAGCAAAUCAGGAAAUCAUGUUGGAUGGCAGCAAACCAAUUGGCGCUCUGGAUAAAAGGGAAACAUUGAAUGAAAAUGCUUCAUUCAAGCACUACGCUACUCGUCUUCGUUUACGAUUAAAAAGACGUGGAUCAAUUUCGGCUUUGAUAAUCUUCGUCGUUUACACGCCGACAUCAAACUAUGACGAAGAAGAAGUCGAAGCGUUCUAUAUGGACUUGGAGAAGUUCUAUAGAGAAGACCACACAUUUUUCAAGGUCAUCAUUGGAAGUUUCAACGACAAGAUUGGACCAAGAAGAACGCCUGAAGAACGUCACAUUGGGACCCACGGAUUAGAAUGGAACGAACAGGGUGAGCGGCUAUCUGAGUUUAUCAUAGCGACCAAGACAAUCCAUGGUAACUUGAAAUUCCAGAAGCCCCAUCCUCUGCGCUGGACGUGA